CUCAACCAUCACACUCGUUCCCCGACGUUGCUGACAUUGUCGGUGCACGAGCACGACUGCCUGGUAUUCACAGGGGUAUUCAUCUUGGAGUCGCUUGAGAAGGCUCCGUGUCGCGCCCUACGUUGCUACAGAACAAAACACAACCGCUCUCGCACGCGCUCGCUCUAGCUCGAUGUCUGCUAACAACACCAACAACGCCGCCCCAGCGCAGGGCGAUGUAGUCAUCAAUAUGGCUAGCCUCAACGGCGAUGGUAAGAAGGAGAAGAAGACCGAUACGCUUUUUGGUCCGAAUAUCGGGAUUGUGAGCGCGGGGCCUGAUUGGGCUGCUAGUGAGGAAACGUUAAGGGGUGUUGGGACUGGUAAUGCGGGCAAGGAUGAAUUGACACCGGACAUCGUGAAGGAAUGGGUCGAGAGGAGUAAAGAGUCCGUGCAACCUACAACUACGCUGCAAGCCCUUGUCAAUCUCAAACGACCGACUCUCAAGCUGUCUCCCCUUACGCACGAUGAAACCGAAGACCCUUCUGCAGAACACCAUGAACUUCACGCAUUAGAAUUCGAAUAUGACUGUGACGCCCCCAAAUGCGCCAUCUCUGUCUCCAUCGUUCACCCCCUUGGCACUAACCCGUCCGCCGUACCUUCCGACUCUCACAGGACUGUUGUCUACGAAGCUGUCUUUGAUGGGGGGUUCGGCAAGACCUUGAAGCACGAAGACGGAGCUUCUCUCGAGCUUAGCCUUUUCGAGCAUGGGAAGCCCAAACCUCGCAGGCCGAGCAUUUCCUUCGCAGACGGUAAAGCCAACGACUCGAAAGACAACCUCGAUCUCGCCCCUCCCGCCACCAUCCCCGAACUCCAAGCGCCAGGCUCCAACUCCUCGUCUGGAACCGCCACGCCAAAUCCACCCGCCAAUGGGAAUACGAUAGCUGACGGGGCGCAGCAUCGUGAGCGCAAGAAACGGUUCACGGCUCUCUCGCAUUUCCGGAAGAGGAACAACCAUUCGCACAACCACAACACGUCUAUUUCGGGACCCGCGCUCGCUGUCAUGGAUGCCGAGGCUGGGACCGCCUCCGGCGACCACGAUCAGACGCAGGCUGGUGCUGCUGGAAAUGCUGGCGCUGAUGUGGCGGGUAAGGACGCGAAGGACGCGAAGGAGGACGAGGGUGUGAAGGUGGUUAUUAGGUUGGCGGCGUGUGAUGAGGACGGUAAGGAGUUUGAGGGUGGGGAGAGGAAUGAACAGGGGACGUAUUUGCAUGUGGUCAGGUUUGGGCCGGAGCCGCCAGUUGUGGAGAGCUCCAAGGAGAGUGAGGAAGAUGGGAGACCCUGGGUCGUGAAGGUUGUGAAGAGGGAGGCUACGAUUGGUCCUCACACUUUCCACCUUCACGAGAUCUACGGUCUCACCUCUUCCUCAUCUUCCGCUCCUGCCCCUUCCGCCCCUCCAGCCCCCAACUCCCCAACCAUCGCACCAACCUCACCCAAAUCUCCAACCACACACACCUACCCACCUCCACCCGCCCCUCCCGGCUCGGUCCCCGGCGCAAUCCCCGGCGUCGCACCGCCCGCCGAAGACGAGCCCUCAUCCGAAUGUCUCCUCUGUCUUUCCUCUCCACGCGAGGUCGUCCUCCUCCCCUGUCGUCAUCUCGUCGCAUGCAAAGAAUGUGCGGUAAACAUGGUAGAGUUCGGCGCCGGUGGGAAUAUCGUGCAUUCGGAGGAACCGACGGCUGGUGGUGAUGGUGCAGUAGGUGAGGGAGCGGGUGAGGGAGCGGCGGGUGCGAGUGGUGGUGCGGAUGGCACGGCGGCGCCGACGGCACCGAGUGCCGUGCCAGAGAGGCCAGCGACGAGGAGGAAGAGGAGGGCGAAGGGGUGGUUCUGUCCUGUUUGCAGGCAACCUUAUACUUCCCUCCUUCGCAUCACCACCACCCCACCCGCGCACGUCAAGCGCACUUCCACCUCGCUCGAUACCGACCGGGAUCAUCAACACCAGCAUGGUGGCGACCCGCUCGGAGCUGCUCCUGCUCCGCCGGUCACGACAGUUAAUAGUGGCGAAGGUACGGGUGAGACGGCUACUGGAGGUGGUGGAGGAGGUCUGUUGGCCGGCCUUGGCAGACCUGGAUUUUUGAGGGGCUUGUCGAGGGGAAGGCCGGAUGCGCAGACGGGUGCGAAUGCGGUUUGAAGGUGAGGUCGGGAGGCCGCGCCGAGGCAUACAUUUAUCUUGGCCGAAGUUUAGAACGGUGAUAAGUAUGUGUUGUACGAUGAUUGGGUGUUUUUCCACACCCUUGUGUUUCGGCGCGUCUCUUGAUUGAUUUGUUACAUUGCACUUUUGCGCGAUCUUCCGUUCUACCUCUCUCCCCGUGUCUGAGGCCUUUCCACCAACGUAUACCUACCUACCUGGAUCGGAUGCAAACGGGUUCUCUUGAUUCUUUCUUGUGCUUCGUUCAUCGUUCAUCGUUCGCGGAUAGUUUUUUCUUGGUUUUGGUUUUGCUACGUUAUCUUGGCUCCUUGCUCCUUUCGUGUGACUGUACUCACUGCCAACUCGUCUUUCGGAUUGAUCGUCUCUUCCCUCUGUGUCUGUGACUGUGAUUGUGAUUGUGAUGGAUUUGUAUGUACUUAUACGUAUGCGAUUUUCUCUCUCUCUCUCUC